AUGAAGAGACCUCAGUUGGGCGCGACAGACUAUCUGCAGCUGCUCUAUGCAGCUUCAAGAGGAUUGGCAACCCUUACAUGGGCUGCUUCAACAGGAUGGGCACGAGGCAACGACUGCCCUAAGGAUUAUAAGAAGCAUGUCAUCUACAGCAUGACGCGGACGAUGUUCAACUACAUCACUGUGAAGCAAGCUCAAGCCGCUGGCGGAACUACUGGCGACGCGUACCGGGAUUUCUGCAAGAAAUGCAGUAUCGAGCCUGACAUUGUCGCACUCGACGAAGAUGGACAUGGCUUAACGCUUGGGCCUGCGACCGCAAAGAAGACUGUGAUAUGGUUUCAUGGCGGAGGAUAUAAUUUGGCUGCAACGCCUGGGCAUUUCGAGUUCUUUUGGAAGGUGAUCCAACAGGCCAAGGAUAAUGGCGAAGAGCUGCGGGUCAUGAUGCUUGAAUAUGAACUGGCUCCCCACGGCAUGUAUCCUCUGCAACUCAAGCAGGCUGUCGCUGCAUUGAGACACGUGCUUGAUAUGGGCGUCAGGCCUUCUCAAAUCAUCGUUGGUGGUGACUCCGCUGGAGGUAAUCUGACGGCAGCCCUUCUCGGCCACCUCUCGCAUCCCAAACCUGACGUGCCUGAGGUGUCCCUCUCAGGAAAUCUUCGCGGUACCCUAUUCGUAUCUCCCUGGGUUACCUUUGACCAGAGCGCACCGGCAUUCACAAAGAAUUACUACAAGGAUGGCCUGGGCUUGGAAGCUUUGAAGACAUGGUCAGACAAUUUCAUGGGUAGCGCACAGCCCGAUAAUUAUAACACACCUCUGGAUGCGCCGCCAGAUUGGUGGAAGGGAAUGAAAGUCAGCGAUAAAGACAUUGCGAUUGUUGCCGGCUCCAAUGAGGUUCUGGUGGAUGAUAUUCGCGAAUUCAAGAAACACGUCAAGGUCAACAAUCCGGGCCUUGAGUACCUUGAGGCGACUGAUGAGGGCCACGAUGCGCUGGUGAUGGAUCGAGCAUUCGGUUUGACUGGGCCGCUGGCAAGUGAAGACUUUUGCAAGGAAUGGAUUUUGGCGAGGCUGAAGUAG